CUGGCAACCCUGCUAACGAGCAGCGGGUUUUCAGGUGGAGUUUUUGUGACUUUAGUUUACGACACUCUGACACUUUUAACACCGGAAAAUCAGUAGAAACGAUCAAUAUCAGCGGUAGUGAAAAUGAUGUUUCACUUCCAGGAAACAAAACAAAAAGUACGUGUUUUUCACUCUACAAUUACGACGGACCUGCAGCCGGAAGAAUCACCACAAUACUGUGAAAAUGACACGGAGGACGGUGUAAAUCUGGAGGAACUAAAUGUUGGCGUUGGACAUGAGUGGGCGAGAAACCGCUAACCCACGGAACCGGAGGAACUAAACCGCAGAAGUGAAGAGGUACAACCGUGAUAUCGUCAGACCUGUUGCUGUCGUCAUCGUCUCCUCCACGUGUUUUCUCUACCUGCUCUUCCAGCUGCAGCAUGUGCUCGCUUCUAAUUACAGACUGACCGUUUGGUGACGACACGCAGAGGCAGAGUAUUGGAAGAAACUCACCUCCCACCACUGAUGCUGGAGCUCCACACCGUCCUCCACCAUCAUCGCCUCCAUCAUCUGUUGCCAUGUGCUCAGUGUUUACACACAGGCUGAGAACGUCUUCAGGGACCUGCAGCUUCUGUGGAAGGCGGACGAGACAAUUCCACCGACACCAAAUGAAGAUGAAGCUCCACCUCAGUAGUAAUGCAGUGAAUCAACGUGUCACCGGCAAAUCAGAUGAGUGUUUUAACAUGAUGCAGUUCCAAUUAAAAACACUGCAUCCAUGUGCGGUUCCAAGAUGGCGGCACGUACGCACGCAGCGACCCCUCUCUGUCCCGACAGAACAGUGUUUCUUGAAACAUUAUUGGACGUUGAAGCGCUGAAGCCGAAGCUGGGCCACAACAAUCUCCUGCUUAUUUGCCAACUGUCAGACUUGACGACCGGCCUGACGUGUUCAGGAGGUCAGAGUUCACACAUGUACAGGACACAGGACACCCAGGUAUUUAAAGGCUGGCUGCUAGAGGGCACUCUAGGCUUUUGUACCAGCGGAUUUUGGUCGAGUUCAAACCAGUGGUGACUCAGAGCCGUGCGGGUGAAGCUGGACCACAACAGUGGAGCUGAACGAGUCUGAUAAAGUCCCAUCCUCUGGACCAGGAGGGAAGACCAAGGUGUUUGAUCAAAUAAGAAGUUAAAGAUGAACAUAGCGGCUGGCCAGUAAAGCUAAGGACGUCUACAUCAGCGCCGACGUCAGCGUCACAGGGGGCAAAGAUCAGGCUGCGGUGGACAUGAUGACCCAUGAUGUCGCUGCCCCCGGCUAAUUAAUACCAAACACAUGGGCAGCUCUGUCAAUGAUGCCGAUAGAUCCGGACGGCGCCGUCUUUCUUUAUUCUUUUCCAUCAGACACGCCGUUUAUUUUCGGUGGACUCUAUGACGUCAAGAGCGCACACGUUCCAUUCAACAAGCAAGAAAGUAAGUUAUUUAUAACCGGGCUCCAUCUCCAGGUUGUGAUCCCUGAGUGCGCAGUGAAAGGAAAACUCCCCAUUGGACCGACGCUCGUCCUGAUGCGCGCGUCCUUAACGCAGAGCCGCGCAGCCUCUCGGUGCGUUAUGGUGCCACGGACACACUCCGGUCCCUGAAAUCAGUACCAGGGCGCGUUGUCGAGUACGUCGGUGUGGCUGGAGAUAAAGAAUUCUUGAAGCAGAAGCGGAAUCACAACAAACCGUACCCGAAUUUUUCAAGGAGACGUUUGUUCCAAUCCCUCCACCUGAAGCACGGGGGGGUAAAGACCUCGACUUGGAGCAUGGAAACCACCCCUUCCCAUCAGGACUCUGAGCUUUAAGUUCGAGGCAGAGAAGACCUGUGAUUGGCUGUGAGAUGGCUGAUAUACUGGAGCUUCGCACAGAUGGAAAUUCGCUCCUGAAGGCCGUCUGGCUCCGACGUUUAAGACUCACCAGGCUCCUGCUGGAAGGAGGCGCCUACAUCAACGAGAGCAACGAGCGCGGGGAGACGCCGCUCAUGGUGGCCUGCAUGUCCAAGCACUGCGACCAGCAGAGCGUGAGCAAGGCCAAGCUGGUGAAAUAUCUGCUGGACAACCAGGCCGACCCCAACAUUCAGGACAAGACGGGCAAGACGGCGCUCAUGCACGCCUGCAUCCACAGGGUGGGACACGAGGUGGUGGAUCACCUGCUGAGCAACGGCGCCGAUCCCAGUCUGGAGGACAAAAGCGGGGCCUCGGCCCUGGUCUACGCCAUCAACGCCGACGACAAGGAGACGCUAAAACUGCUCCUGGACGCCUGCAAGGCAAAGGGCAAGGAGGUGAUAAUCAUCACCACCGACAAGUCUCCCUCUGGCACCAAAACUACCAAACAAUAUCUGAACGUGCCCCCAUCGCCCGAGUUGGACGUGAGAUCUUCCCCGACCUACUGUACGUCUCCGUCAGACAUCAGCGUCACCGCGUCGCCCACGCCCGAGGAAGAGCAACAACGAGAGCAACAGAACUCGGUCUUCAGUUUCCAAGCCAAGCUAAAAACCUCCUCUUCAGCUGCGAAGCUCUCCAGCGGGCCCACGUCUCCGACGAAGCCCAAACCCAACCCCAAGCGUGCACGAUUGCCUCAGUUGAAAAGGCUUCAGUCGGAGCCUUGGGGCCUGAUUGCCCCCUCCAUCCUGGCUGCUGCAGCCGCCGCCGCCGCCACCGCUGCUGCUCAAGAGGAGAGUAAAAAAGUCAGCUCUGACGAGGAAGUGGUCGCAGCUGUGAACGGACUUUCUCUGAGCAAAAGAUCGGUUUUAUCUCGACAGAGCAGCGUGGACGGGAAAGAGAGCUUAUUCCCACUCGUUGGCGAGCAGCCGUGCUUGAUAACGCCCUCGCUGUCGACUUCCAAGUCAUAUGAGAGAACUCUUGGCCAGCACCAGCCACUGGCUCGGCGCAGUACUGUUCCCACAGAGCAGGAGAACAGCAGCAGCAGCUGCGGCAGCUGCGGUGGAGUGGCCAGUCUGAGGGACACGAUGCAAAGGAGACGCCUGGGGAACGAUCAUUACGACUCCGACUCGCAGCUCUACUCUGACUCUGCCAUGAUGGACUCUCCCAAGGUCCCAGUGGAGAGACGAAAGCUCAACACCUCCCCUCUGGCAAUGCUCACCAGCUCCAGAGAAUCUCUGGACAGCAACGCCAGCACGUCCUCUCCCAGCUCAGCACGCAGGCGUGUCCCGGGCCUCUUGGAGAGGAGAGGUUCGGGAACCCUGCUGCUGGACCACAUCUCGCACACCAGGCCUGGCCACCUGCCUCCUCUCAACAUCAACCCCACCCCGCCGAUCCCUGACAUCGGGUCCAGCUGCAAACCCUCCUCACCCCUGGCCACGGGCAUCAGAACCCUCGCCCCGGUAGCACCGAACACACCAAAGAGAGGCUGUCUCAAGUCCAAGAAGAAGCUGGUGAGGAGGCACUCUAUGCAAGUGGAGCAGAUGAAGCAGCUGUCGGACUUUGAGGAGCUGGCUCAUUAGAGGGAGUUAGUGAUUAUGCAGCACGUCGUUUGUGUACGAGUAGAAAAAGAUGGCGGCGUUAAUCUGUCAGGAAGUUUGACCGUAGGUCCAGAGCGCUCACGGCCAUCUAGACGUCGAGUAGAUAAUAUCAUUUAGAUCAGUGUUUCUUAAAUGGUGGGUCGUGACAC